AAGAAGAAGAAGAAAAUAGAAGAAGGAGAAAAGGGAAAUGACUGGAAUAAAGCUACGAGGAAAGGAGUAAACCUGAAGCGUUUGUUCAUCACAAACCGAACAGGGACUGUCAUGCUACUUGAAUAACGUUUUGUAUAAGUUGUAAUUAUUUUUUUAAUCUGCGUAAUGGCUUUAAUGUGCGUAAUCGCGUUGUUUGCACUGAUCACAGCUGAAUGUACUCGUGCUUCUCCGCCAAACUUCGUGCUGCUGUUCGCCGAUGAUCUGGGUUACGGUGAUCUGGGCUGUUUUGGACACCCGAGCUCUCUCACCCCGAAUCUAGACAGACUAGCAGCGCACGGGCUCCGGUUUACCGACUUCUACGUCACGAGCCCCGUGUGCAGCCCUUCCAGGGCAGCCUUGCUGACGGGCCGCUAUCAGACUCGAUCCGGCAUCUAUCCGGGUGUGCUGUAUCCGGGUUCAAAAGGGGGUCUCCCGCUCAACGAGACCACUAUCGCAAAGAUGCUGAAGUCUAAGGGUUACACUACAGCUAUAGUGGGCAAAUGGCACCUGGGCUUCGGGCUGAAUGGCACUUACCUGCCCACCCGGCAUGGCUUUGACAAUUAUCUCGGUAUCCCAUACUCACAUGACCAGGGUCCCUGUCAGAAUCUCACGUGUUUCCCUCCGGAUGUGAAGUGCUAUGGCUUCUGUGAUCAGGAUGUUGUAACUGUACCGCUCGUGUUUAAUGAGAACAUCAAGCAGCAGCCUGCAGACUUCCUGCAGCUCGAGAAGGCCUACAGCGAAUUCGCCACUCAGUUCAUCAAAGAUGCGGUCCGAAAUAACCAACCAUUCUUCCUGUACUAUCCUUCACAUCACACACACUACCCUCAGUAUGCAGGCACUGACUAUGCAGGGAAGUCUCCUCGUGGGCCGUUCGGUGACGCUCUGAUGGAGUUUGAUGGCACUGUGGGGAAGAUUCUGCAAACUCUGGAGGAUACGGGGGUGAUCAACAACACUCUCAUCUUCUUCACUGGUGACAACGGGCCGGAGCUGAUGCGGAAGUCUCGUGGGGGAAACGCUGGCAUGAUGAAAUGUGGCAAAGGCACAACUUAUGAAGGAGGAAUGAGAGAGCCGGCCAUCGCAUAUUGGCCUGGAUCCAUCCAACCAGGUGUGACCCGUGCUCUGGCCAGCUCUUUGGAUAUUCUGCCCACCUUUGCCAAACUGGCUGGAGCUGCGUUACCUGACGUUCAACUGGAUGGGGUCGACAUGACAAACAUCCUGUUGAAUCACGGAGCGAGUGAAAGACAGACCAUCUUUUACUACCCGACUUUUCCAAGUGAGAAGUAUAGCGUGUUCGCUUUGAGAUGGAAAAAUUUCAAAGCACAUUACUAUACACAGGGUGCAAUUCACAGUCAAAGCACCCCAGACAGCAACUGCUCGUCACUGUUCCUCAAGCGCCAUGAUCCUCCGUUACUAUAUAACUUAGAGGCAGACCCAUCAGAAAACUAUAACCUUAACAGUACCGAAUGGGACUCUGUGCUCAAGCAAAUCCAGGCCGUCAAGGAGCAGUUUGAGGCUUCUAUGGUGUUUGGCAAGAGUGAGAUUGCCAAAGGGACAGACCCUGUACUCGAGCCCUGCUGCAUUCCUAAUUGCACCCCUAAACCCACAUGCUGCCGCUGCACUUCUGUGCUUUAAUGGAAGCAGCAGCUGGCCGACACACUGCCAGAUCAUGAAAGUAUAAUUCACAAGACCACCGAAAGACUGAUUGUUCACAAUCUUCCAUUGAUUUUCUUCUCAAAGCAGAAUGCAAUGAAAAAGCAUAACUUUUCUGGAAUCUUGUUUAGGUUCUUUACUGAAGGAAAACAACUGAAAAGAUUUUUUUUUUAAAUGAAGUUGAUCCUGUUGCUUUUUUUUGUCCACAAAUAAUUCGUCCAGUUAAUGCAUAGAAUGAUAGUAUGGAUGCUAAAAGUGGUGUUAUUGAUUUUCUCACUUAUCUCUCAGUUUGCAGACCAAAAUGCGUCUCUGACUAGUUCACUGAUAUAACAGUGACUGGUUGAAAAGGGAAUAGAGGAGCUAUACUGUGAAGUAUGACUGCACAAUUAAUUAAAUUUCUAAUCACGAUUACAAUUAAGAAUGCCACAUUUAUUUAAUCGUUCGAAGUCCUCUUAUGUUAUUCUGCACACUUAAGAUAUUUAUUUUUUUCUACUUGUUAUCUGAAAGGUUUUUCGAUUGUUUUAGUAUAGCAUUUUAACACCAUUCAUAUUAAAUUUUUUAUAGAAACCAAUCCGAUGAAUAUUUGACAUUUGAGGCUAAAUACUAUAGAGAAGCACUAAAGGUUUUUCAGCUAGAGUUUUUUUUAGCUUGUUUAUUUUCUUUUAAAAAUACGGCAUGCAAUUACAUAAAACAAUGGUAUAAACCUCAAUGUAAUCGCAAUCUUUGAUUUUUCUCAUAAUUGUGCUGCCCUACUGUGAAGUAUUACAAUUAUUAAAGGUGUUUACACAAAUAUGUACAAAUAAUUAAUACAAAUGUAUUAAUGUUUAUGUGGCACUUUUUUCAUUCACUGUCAGUCUGCUUUUAACAUUGAAUCAUUAAUAAUUAAGGAGUGUUUUUUUUUUAAAUAAAAGAAAGUUAAAGAA